CGAGACUGGCCGUUAAAUCAAAAACCUUUCAUCUGACGUCAACAACACGACGAUGAGUGUUCUUCUCUCUACCUUCUUCCAUCAUCACUCAUGGAAGACUCUAAUCCUCGCGAGCCAGCGCUGCAAAACAUUGCGACAAAUCAAAUCAACACACGCGUCAUUCAUCAUCCACAACCUCCACCGCAACACCUACGCCGUCAGCAAACUCCUCACCUCUCUUCUCCCUCUUCCAAAUCCAAACAAACACUUCCCCUACGCUUCCCUCAUCUUCGACUCUAUCCAAUCCCCCAACGCCUUCGUCUACGACACGAUGAUAAGAAUCUGCUCUCGAAGCUCUCAGCCUCACUUGGGCGUACGCUAUUUCAAACUAAUGCUAACUGAAGAGGACGAUGAAGAUGACAUAGCUCCAAGUUACCUCACGUUUCAUUUCUUGCUCGUCGCUUGUUUGAACGCUUCGUUGCUCUCUAUGUGUAAGCAAGUCCAUUCCUUGGUGGUUAAAAAUGGUGUCUUUGCGUCGGACGGUCACGUACAGACUGGAAUCUUGAGGCUUUAUGUGGAAGAUGGAGUUCGUUUGUCAGAUGCACGGAAGGUGUUCGAUGAAAUUCCUCACCCGGAUGUUGUGAAGUGGGAUGUUUUGAUUAACGGGUAUGUUAAAUGCGGUUUGGGAUCAGACGGUUUGAGUGUGUUCAGGGAGAUGUUGAGUAGAGGGAUAGAGCCGGAUAGAUUCUUAGUUACCACGGCGUUAACUGCUUGUGCACAAGCUGGGGCUCUUUCUCAGGGGAAAUGGAUUCAUGAGCUUUUGGAGAAGAGGAAAUGGAUUGAGCAUGAUGUGUUUGUAGGGACGGCGCUUGUUGACAUGUAUUGUAAGUGUGGUUGCUUAGAGACGGCUUUGGAAGUCUUUGAGAAGAUGAGUAAGAGGAAUGUGUUCUCAUGGGCGGCUUUGAUUGGUGGAUACGCGGGUUAUGGUUAUGGUAAGGAAGCUAUCACGUGUUUGGAGAAGAUGGAGCGAGAGGACGGUGUUAAGCCUGAUAGUGUAGUGCUUCUCGCGGUCUUAGCCGCUUGUGCUCACGGAGGGUUUCUUCAAGAAGGCAGAGGAAUUUUAGAUAAUAUGGAAGGUCGAUACGAUAUCUCUCCAAAGCAUGAGCAUUACAGCUGUAUAGUUGAUCUGAUGUGCAGAGCUGGGAGAUUAGAUGAGGCGGUUGAACUUAUUGAAGAAAUGCCCAUGAAACCACUUGCAUCUGUUUGGGGGGCUUUACUGAAUGGUUGCCGAACGCACAAGAAUGUUGAGCUAGGAGAACUAGCUGUUAAGAAUCUUCUUGAGUUAGAGAAAGGUAAUGCUGAUGAAGAGGAAGCAGCUCUUGUUCAGCUCUCUAGUAUUUACAUGACUGCUCAGAGAAACGGCGAGGCGUCUAAGAUUCGUCAGAUGAUUGGUCAGAGGGGAAUAAGAAAGGUGCCGGGAUGCAGUGUGUUAGAGGUGGAUGGAAAUAUUACGAAAUUUGUCUCGGGAGAUGCGUCACACCCGAAUCUGCUGCAAAUACACACAUUGAUUCAUCUUCUAUCGGUUGAUGCCUUGCAGAUUCUGUAGCACUCACUCAAUAAGCUGCAACUCUUAUCAGUGGACGCUCUUGGGUUCUCUUGUUUCUACAGACUAUCUUUUAAGCGUAUUGAACGAGAAGAGUUUCUGAACAUGCUGCAGUUCUAUAUCAUAGUAAAGGGAGUCAUUGGACUCCUCGAAGUAGGAGCUGGAAACUUAAGCAAGGCCUUAAAAAAUGAAUAACUGAAUCUUUCACAAGAGCCUCUGAGAGCGUUAUAAAGAAUUGUUUGAUUCGGACUUAAUGGUAUCUGGAGAGUGGAAGAGAAGUGCAUCAGCGAAAAAGAGAACAAAACAGAAGCUUCAGUUGAAAAUUAUGGCAUUUGGGCACACCUGGAGUAGAGAGAGAUUUGAGACUCUUGAAUGUGAAAAAGCUGAAUACAUGAUGCAAACGGGGACUGAUAAGGGCAUUUGUCUAGUCUUCGCACAGGAACAUUAGUUUGACCAGGUACC